AUGGCAUUUAACUCAAAUGUAGCACCUUACAACCCUGCUGUUACUCCUACAAGUUCUAUCGAGUUUAGAGGAGGAAACGAUGAGACGGGCUAUAGUCUCAAAACAUCAACUGAGCUGCUCAAAGUUUUGAACAGAAUCUGGAGCCUCGAAGAAUUACACGCAGCUAACAUAACCCUGGUUCGGGAUUUGAAACGCGAACUAGAACUGGCCCGUUCAAAGAUCAAAGAACUGGCCCGUGACCGCCACGAGAUGGAACACUUGAUGAGGCAACUAACCAAAGAUAAACAAGGUCAUGCCACUGCCGCUAUUCAAUCUGUCCGGGACGAGCUUGAAGACGAAAGGAAAUUACGAAAAUGGUCAGAGGCACUUCACCGGAAACUGGCGCAGGAGCUUUACGAGACGAAAACGAACCUCGUGAAUCCUAUAAAAGACUUGGAAAAAGAGUGGAGAUCCAGGGUACUUUUGGAAGAUCUAUGUGACGAGUUUGCAUGGGGGAUAAAAAACUAUGAACACGAAUUGCACUCGUUGAAGCAUGUAAAUCCUGAUAAAGGUAACGGUUCAAGCUAUAGAUCGACCCGAGAUGGAAUGAUUCUUCAUAUAUCAGAAUCUUGGCUAGACGAACGAAUGCAAAUGAAACAAGACACGACAUCAACAAAGGAAUCCAUAGUUGAAAAGUUAAGCUCGGAACUUUUGUCGGGUUGAAACGGUUCCGGGUUGGUUCGGGUUGAGUAUGGGUCAUGAGGUGUACGAACCGAUCACCGAGUUGCUUUCAAAGGAUAAUCCCGCCAAAUACAGAUGCACAAGAGUGAAAGAUGUCAUAUAAGAUGUGUUUUAGGAAUGAUAGACGUUUGUAAAACCGAAACUAUAGUUCACUACAGCGUACACAAUAGUUAUAUCAUGUUUCAUAUGGCACAUGCUGAAAAAAGAUGGUUGUAUUGUUAUCCAGGUAUGAGCAGUUUGUACAGGAUGAUGGGAAGCUUUUGGAGGUAAUCAAAAUGCUUAUCUUUUCUUG